CCAAAAAAAAAAAAAAAAAACACACACACACAAAACAAAAAAAACCUGCUUUGAAGUGUUGUCCAAGAAAAUCAAAUAUAACAAAAGUCUGCUCUUUUUUUUACACUCAAAAGUUGUAAAAUCAAAAACCUUUGUUCAACAUAGUCCUAUAAUGUCUAUCUUUGAGUAUAAUGGAAGUGCCCUAGUAGCAAUGGUGGGGAAGAACUGCUUCGCCAUUGCUAGUGACCGGAGACUUGGAGUGCAGCUGCAAACCAUCGCCACUGAUUUUCAAAGAAUCUACAGAAUCCACGAUAAGGUGUUUAUUGGCCUUGCCGGGCUGGCUACAGAUACCCAAACACUGUAUCAACGGCUAGUGUUCCGUCACAAGUUAUAUCAGCUUAGAGAAGAGAGGGACAUGAAGCCUGAGACUUUUGCCAGCCUUGUAUCUGCUAUUCUAUAUGAGAAAAGGUUUGGUCCAUACCUUUGCCAACCUGUAAUUGCUGGAUUAGGAGAUGACGACAAACCCUUUAUAUGCACGAUGGACUCUAUCGGAGCAAAGGAACUUGCCAAAGAUUUUGUCGUUGCUGGUACUGCCUCAGAAUCUCUAUAUGGUGCAUGCGAGGCCAUGUUCAAGCCUAACAUGGAAGCAGAAGAAUUGUUCGAGACCAUCUCUCAGGCCCUCAUAUCAUCAGUAGACCGUGAUUGUUUAAGUGGUUGGGGAGGACAUGUUUAUGUUGUAACACCAACUGAAGUGACAGAGAAGAUCUUGAAGGGAAGAAUGGACUAGACAACCAUUUUUCAUUUAGGUGUCUUGUACUGUUGUUCAUUGCAUUUUCUGGAAGACAUUCCUUUUGUGAUCAAUAACCCCAUGUUUAUGUUUGAUAUUUUGUGUUCAAGUUAUUAAGCAUUUGGCUGA